AUGCUUGCAUACUCCAGAACGUAUCGCUCCUUGACACCUGUGGCCGAUUCUGAUGCUCGACAGCGAUUGAAGCACGCUGUUGCUCCUCCAAUUCCUGAAGGCACGCCACUCGAUCAAGAUUUUCUCUUCAGCGCCCGAAAGGAACGUCAACUACGAGAACUUGAAGCCCAGCAAGGAGCCGUGACGCGCCAGGAACUUUUCGCCGCAAUCAUCCGAGAACACGCCAUCCUUAAUGAACACGCUGCAGCCGAGUACCCACUCACGAUUGCUGCUGUUCUCGGACCAACUACGGAUACAAGUCAGCAAUGA